AUGAAGCUCGACACGAGUGGUCUAAAUUCCAUUGUACCCUUCUCUGGGACAGACGAUGGUCUUGAAGAGAACAUCCAUUUAGCCGUGUCAUCCUUUCAGCUUCCCAGAACGACUGAUGUGAGUCUAGAUAUCGUUUCUAUGCUGUUUAUCAACUCCACUUGUUUUUUCCGCUGCUAUGCUUGUCUUUCCUCUUGAAAGUCUCGUGCAGUCGUAACCUGGGAAUGACUGAAAUAUGGCGAUAUUCCGCUUUUUUGGUCAGUUUGAUGGCUUUCAGAAGAAAGCUGUGGAGAUGGUGAAGCCAGCCAAGGGAACGACAACUCUUGCCUUUAUUUUCAAGGAGGGUGUUAUAGUUUCUGCUGAUUCUCGGGCAAGCAUGGGAGGAUAUAUCUGUAAGCAUAUAAUUGACUAUUUUUAAUCGCUUUUCUUCAUUGUCCGUUUUCUAAUCCAUCAGUGGAGCUUAAGUUGUGCGACUUGUAAUUUAUAACCUUUAUCGGCCCCAAAUGAGUUUUCAUAAGUUUGCCAUUUCUUUGUGUACUCAUUGGUAGAGUGGAUUUGUGUGAAGCAAGAGCCAUCUCUAUAGUUUACAGCGACCUCUUGUACUCGUUAUUGGGUUUCUGGAGUGCCCAUCAUAGUUUCUUCUUGUAAUUUUAGUAAAAUGCUGUUGUGAAAUCGCUUCUUAUGAAGAAAGAGGGUCAAUUAUCAUUUACCUAGGAAAUCGCACUUUUUUCACUUAAAGGAAACUAAAAAGGUAAUUAGGACUCCUAUUGUGACCACUUCGUUUUAGAAGAAGGGUUGAUGUAAACCAGACUCUGUCUAUGCUGGCUCUCUGGAACAGAUUCGGAUAUAUUUCUCUGGAAUGCUUGGGAUAUGGGUGGCAAGUAUGCUUUUAGUAUGACAAAAGAGGAAUAUCCACAUGGUUGAGAAGGCCACCAAAAACCAUCUAAACAAUUAAGUGCGUUCUAGUCCAAGAUGUUAUAGAACGCAUUAGGUUCCUCACCCCACUCACGAAUGAGUAAAGUUCUUGUUACAAAACUUCUCUCCAGAUAAUAUACAAGCACCAAUUCUCUUCUGGGUAGUUCAAAUGGCUAAAAGUUGUGGUCUGUUGCUCGUUCCAAAUGACACAAAGAGUAGCAUGUAGGACAUGCUACCAGACUGCUCUAUUUAUUGCCUUUGACUGACCAUUGUUGGCGCUUGCCGCUCUAUAAAUCUUCCAUUAUCCUAGGGAUCUGUCAUCAAGUGUCUCGUAGGUAUCAAAGAAUAUCCAAGGAAUUAGUUACCCAAUAUUUACUCUCCUCUACACAAAAAUUAAUAAAUUUUCAUGGUGCAAAAAUUUAGUGAUUCGGAUACAUGUUGGCAGCCUCCUGUGAGAAUUCUCUCACACUGAAAUCUUCAGUUUCAAAGGAGAGGAUGAGCUCAUGCAGGAGGAGCAUAUUCUUUCUGAAUUCUCGGUGUGAGAUGAAAUAGCCUGGAGAUUGAAUGGUGAUAUAGGCCUUCUGCUCCUGCUUUCAUGGGUUGAAACCACGAAGGUUUUGAUCAGUCUUCGUCAAUGAGCCUGACCGCCUAUUCCAAUCCUCCUCCAAUCUUGUCUUCCUUCACAUUACCUCAUGAUUUCUGAGAGAAUUUGAGUGGGAAACCAUCUUGUCGCUUUCCUCAUCUCAGCUUCAAAGAAACGGUCCAUUGCCUCCUCUUGGGGUCUCAUUCACUAGGUCUUCUGUCGUAGAGAAUCCCUGACAGUCCUCUGAUAAGAGGUUCGGGUAGAACAUCAUUGAGUACUCUUUAAUAUCCUCUUCUUUCAAAAGGACCUGCUCCCCUUUCAGAGGACGUUUCUUGGAGUUUCUUCUCUGCCAUGGUAGUAUCAUGUGCAAGAAAAACAUACUUAUCUCCACUAUUUCAAGCACUUAUCUCUUGAAACUUUGAAGCUAAUAACUCCUUUCUUUCAAGAAUUUCAUUCCACUCUGCCAAUAAGAGCCUCUCAUCUUCGUCUUUAAUUGAUCCAGUUUCUUCUAAAACAUCGUCCCUGAAUUUAUUUAUAAUCUAUCUUUUGUUUCCUUCCCUUGUAUUGCCUUCGUUGGCCUUCAUUGGGGCAGUUCCUGGCCUAUCUAUUGGCAUUAACUUGGUCUCUUUGUCAUUAGAAACAGCAAGGUUAUCGAAUGAACGGUUCCUGGUCUAUCAAAUUUUUAUGUAAAGCAUAAGAGAGUUAUCUUCGUAUGCUAUCAUCAUCGUCAUUUGCUCUCUUUUGUAAUGUAUGUAGAUGACUAAAGGCUACACAGCCCAACUUUGUAGAACUUGUGCCCUUUUUCGAUUGCGUGGUAAUCUACAGUAAAACUUUUAAAAAAUAAUAGAUGUUUUUAAACAAGUAACUGCUUCGGAUGAUCAUUUGCAAGAAACCCUACUAUUGACCUGACAAAAUUUUCGGAAAUUAGUAAUCUUAUGCGUACUUUCUUCUUUUAGUGUUUGUCUUUAGCUUAUGUCCAUAUAGCCUUCCUUAGCUAAGAAACCACUCCUACCAUAUGUCAUUUUCCGGUAACAUAAAAUUAAUUUUGUGAUCAAUUCUUGGAAUGUAAGCCCAGGAUGUUAUAUUCAUCUAACAAGCUAAUUGGGCCCAACUCGCACUGGUCCAACAACAUCCUACCCAAUGUAGCCCAGCCCAAUUAUAUCCUCUCUCUGGGCUAUCAGUUAUUGGCUCUUCCAGUUAAGUUGACUGUUUAUGAGUAUUUACAUAUAAAAUAUUGAAUUAUUCCUCGGACCGUCACGAUGUGGGGAGGACCACGUGGUGACAGCUUAGAGUCUUAGUUCUCCGCUGCUGCCUUGUUCAAGCAGUCCAUGGACAAUACUACUACACCCUCCAUAGGGCCUCCUCACAUCCCAACACAGAAAAAAAAACCUAUGACUCUCUGAGUCGGAUCGUCCAACCUUAUUGACUUUGAUAUUGAUGCUUUUGAGUAACACAAGAGUCUUGAAGAGCUCCACCCCAAUGCAGUACUGCACUUGCUGUGCAAGCCAGAUAAUGGUACCAUUGUAUAGAAUUACUUCCGAGUGGAAGGUGUUAGAGUAUCACUGGUCAUGGCUCAAGAGGUUGGCUUGUGAUCAGGGUGACAAGGAAGAGGAAGCCAAUAAGUCCAUGCUUUGUGUUGAAAACAUAAACAAAGGGAGAAUGUCCUCUGCCACAGAGGAAAGAGGGGAGGAACGGCGGACAACAGCCUCAAGAUUCAUCCACCUCUCUCGCCCAUUAUAUAGGGAGAAGCCCUACACAACUUUCUCAAAAUACCUUCAGUCUUUAACAGUAUUUCUAUAUGACUUAGAACUUCCAACAGUUUUCAUUCCAUGACAUUUGCUUCUGAAUUGGAUCAUCCAACCUCAACAUGUUCUACCUAGUGGAUGUGGGUCAGCAGAUCUCACUGGUUAAAUGUUGGAUGUGUAAGGAGGAAACGAGUUUUUGUUUCCUCAUGUUUUGUGCAAUAUAUUAUAAUUGUGGCAUUUGGGAAUGAGAUAAUUUAUUAUUGUCAGACAUCGAUCCACGUAUAAGAGCCGAUUCCAUGAUUGGCAGUUGGUUUGGGUUAGAUUGGUUCUUAUUCAUCUGUUAUUAGAACCUUAGAUUUUGAUCUUUUCGUUAUGUGCACUGCGCUUCAAAUGUUUGUAUGACAUAACUACUCACGAGGGGAGCAUGUCAAUGGAUUAUCUCACAUUGAAAAUAAUGGUUAAAUACGUUUGUAGAAAGUUUCUCAUUCACAAUUGUUUUUGAGUUGUGAGGCCUGAUUAUUUCAUACUUUUAAAAUGGAGGUUUUAAAGUAUGAAUGAUACAGCAUAGUUCUUGUGCGUUUAUUUUGGGAGUCUUACAUGUGCUACUUUUGUCUUUGCUUAGUAUAAAGAGAAUGCAUGUUUGAUGCUUACCAAAUGGUACCUGGCAUGUAUGGCACGCAGUCUUAUGUGCAAGCAGCAGCAAAAUAAGCGUUCAACCUUCAUAAGAAUGUUGUGAAUAAAUAGGCAUGCAUACAAUGCAUGUCAUGUUCGAAACCAGAAUAAAUUAUAUGCCACAACGUCAAUUAUAUAAACAUGCCGCAUCAGCCUAUAUUGCUUGCUAGUGAUAUUUUUAUGUGCUUAUACAAUCAUUUGAGAAACAACGGGAGAUAUCCCAAUAUUAUAAAUGGCGUACUUUAGCUUUAUUCCCGAAGUAGUGUUAGAAAACAUACUAAGAACAUUUUGAUGUCAAAGUCGUGGCUCUUAAAGUCUGAGUAGCUGCCUGGAUCAGCCUAAGUUGGUCAAAUCUGACCUUGGGUAGCGUGGCCCGGAAUUGGCUGAUUCUAUUGGCCAGGGGCAACUCUGAAUAUAUUUGUAGCUCUGUUUGAAUGGAGUUUAAUUUUUGUAACAAACAUUUGAUGACGUGUAAUUAUUUUUUUAGUGACUGUAUCUUGAGACUGCUGCUUAUGACAGUUCUUUUUCCCAUCUUUAGCUUCUCAAUCUGUGAAGAAAAUCAUAGAGAUCAAUCCAUACAUGCUUGGGACAAUGGCUGGAGGGGCCGCAGAUUGCCAAUUUUGGCACAGAAAUCUGGGCAUCAAGGUACACUUCUUGUUAAUUAUCCUCUAUGAGCUCACCUUUUUGCUAGUGUUCAUUUAGUGAAUGACAAUUAUUCACGUAAAGCUGAUUCUGACCUCGAAUAAUGCAACACGUUUCUAAGUUUCGUUAUUUUUUGUUCCUCUAUUCCUUUCAGUGUCGUCUGCAUGAACUGGCAAACAAGCGCAGAAUUUCGGUGACAGGUGCCUCAAAGCUGCUGGCCAAUAUUCUGUAUUCCUACAGGGGAAUGGGGCUUUCCAUAGGAACUAUGAUUGCUGGAUGGGAUGAAACGGUAUAAUCGUUCAAGGGUCUUUAACUCAUUUCACCUUCUUGCCUCUGUUUCUGACCAUUUGAUCAUUUACACCACAACGUACAGGGCCCUGGUCUAUACUACGUGGAUGCCGAAGGAGGGAGGCUUAAAGGUAAAAGGUUUUCUGUUGGAUCAGGAUCACCGUACGCAUAUGGGGUGUUGGACAGUGGGUAUGUCGCUAACUAUCCUUUCCAUUGAUAUGAUUAUAUGUAUCAAUAUAUGCAUUCCAUAAAACAUUUAUCUGCUUGAGCUAGGUACCGCUACGACAUGACGAUUGAAGAAGCUGCGGAAUUGGCUCGACGGGCCAUCUAUCAUGCCACAUUCCGAGAUGGAGCUAGUGGUGGAGUUGCUAGCGGUAAUGUUUCUUCAUUCUCCAUCCACUCUUCCUUGCCGAAUAACGCAGACACCUAAACCACGUGAUGAUUUUAUCUGCCGAUGAUUUAUUUCCUUUGUGAUGAUUUCUAAAUCUGUGUUGCAAAAUCCUGAAGAAGUUCCCCUGCAAACUGAGGGAAACCCCUGAUAAGUCCCGCAUUACAAAAAAAGAGAAGAUAAUUCCUGUGGCUAUAAUAUAAUUAUGCCGUAUAGUUUUUAAUUUGAAAUUUAAUUAAUUUACAUCAUAUCUGCUCCCUAAAAUUCUUUGUUCUUCAGUUUAUUACGUUGGGCCUGAUGGAUGGAAGAAGCUCUCUGGGGAUGAUGUCGGGGAGCUGCAUUACAAGUACUAUCCCGUCGUGCCAAGCCCAGUGGAGCAGGAAAUGGUGGAGAUUCCAGUCUCUUGA